AUGGCAUCUUUACUUCUUUCCAGCCGCUCGGAGAUUCUUAGCGUCAUCUUCGCACACCUCGAGCCCACCGAUCAUCUCGCAUUGGGUCUCACGCAUCGGAACUUACACCCUCUUGUCGAUUCGAUACUUUACUCUCGCAUCGAAUGGGAAUGGAAAGGCCCAUGGAACCCUCUAAUUAUUCGGUUUCUACGGAGCAUUACACAAAGGCCGCAACUAGCACAAUAUGUCAAAGUCGUCAUCCUGAAGGGUAGUAAUGUCGAGUACCAUCUCCGAGGUGACAGAAGUCAAAGUCCCAAGAUUGCAGUGACGGAGGAUGACUUGAAGCCUCUAAUUGAAUGCGUCGCAAGAACGAACGUUUCAUAUCGUGGCGAAUGGAUUCAAGAGUUGCGCAGUGGCACGAUUGAUGCAUUUGUCGCUCUUUUACUCUCUCAAGUUCCGAGACUGAAUACCCUUUACCUCGGGGAAGAUUUCACUCUCCAAAGCCUCUUCGUGGGCCGUGUACUGCGAUCAUCGCUUUGUGCGAAAGGCGGUUACUUCCACUCCUUUCAGAAUCUCCGCGAGGUUUCAAUGUCAUAUUUUCAUUUUGAGUUUGAUAAAGAACACUUUAGAACGACGAGGAAUACGGCAGAUGUCCUCCCUCUUUUCUACCUUCCGACCGUGGAGCGGAUUAGAGCCGUUAUUGACAACCCUGCGUCUUUUGAAUGGCCUGGAGCAUGUAUUCCUGCAUCUCAGUCGCUCCGAUUACUUGACUUGACUAUGGUGAGGGAAGGGAACCUUGGAAAAAUACUUUCGGCCACGCCGAAAUUGAAAUCCCUCACAUGGGACUGGUAUUACAGCCCAGAUCUUCACGAUGACUUCCAUUCGGACAUCAUAGACUUGGACCAGCUUGCCACAGACUUGAAUCAUGUCCGUGAGACUCUGACAUACUUGAGAAUCUCAGCUUCAACAGAUGUUGUAGACUUAGUACGUCUCCCAGACGCUCACAUCAAGGGACCGUUUACCCUUUUCUCUAGACUCACUAGAUUGAAGACACUCGAAGUUCCUAUUCCAUUCCUUUUUGGAUUCUCCAAGUCUGAUCCGAACAUCCUGGGACUGGAGAAACUGUUACCCACCGGUCUUGAAUGGCUUCAUCUAACCGACGAUCUAAGUUACCAUUCGGACUGGAACUGGCUGCGGGAAAUCGAUUAUCUUCUGAGUGUCAUUUCGUCGUGGUUCCUUCAGGGAAAACGAUUUACUCCUUAUCUGCGAGGAGUUCGCUUCAUGUUGAAGAAUACUCUCGCGGAUGACUGGCCGCAAGAAGCCAGCCCGAAUUUCAUAGAUGUUGGCAUUCAAGCACCUCAAGCGGGUCUGCAAUUUGAAGUAAUUGAAGUACUUCCAUCUCCCGAGAGCCCGGAUUCUUGGAACUAG